AACUAGUAAUAACUCUUACAUUAUUUUAUGUACAUUUAUAAUCAAUACAGAGUAAAAUCGGAACUCACUGAUGCUACAGAUGUUAUUUUUCUGCGUUUUUUUUUUCUUUUUCAUAAAUCCACGAUUGUAACUUCGAUGCGCUGAACAAACCACCUAUAGUCCGUAUACAUAACAAUGCAUUCUAACAUGUUUGUCUACAGUCGUCUAGAUAUUUUGCAUUAUUUAUUGGUAUAGAGCUUAUUUUAAUGACCUAGGCCGUUCUUGUGUUGUGACGUUCACCGGUUAUUGCCAGGUCAAAGGUCGCUUAACCCGGGUCUGUUUCGAUCAAAACGCGAAAACACACUCCUGCUUGCUUGAGUUGAGUUCACGUGUAUUCCUUGUAAAACAAUAAACCUCUGACUGCUGGUUCUGGUAUACGGGGUAGGUUUUGUAAGCUGGAUAGCAGUCAUGCUACCUGUUAUUGUGGUUCACGGGGGUGCUGGGUGGAUAGGGAAGGAGCGAGCAGAAGGGUCCUGCCGUGGCGUGCAGGAAGCUGUGCUUGCUGGAUAUCGCAUCCUCCAGCGGGGGGGCAGUGCGUUGGAUGCUGUGGAAGAGGCUGUUGUGGCAAUGGAGGAUAAUCCAAUGUAUAAUGCAGGCUGUGGAUCUGUCCUGAAUGAAUUAGGGGGAGUAGAAAUGGAUGCUAUCAUCAUGGAUGGGAAAACACUGGCGAGUGGAGCGGUAUCCGCUGUCAAGGGGAUUGCAAACCCAAUCAAACUGUCUCGACUUGUCAUGGAAAAGACAGAACAUUUGUGUCUGACUGCUGAAGGGGCUUCUAGGUUUGCAAAAGCAAUGGGUGUACCAGAAGUGGAAGAGGAGUCUUUAAAAACAGACUACUCCAGAAAGAGAUGGGUGGAGAACUUGGCACCUGGAUCCAAUCCUGUGGAAAGUCAGAUGGGUAAAAUGGGGACAGUCGGUGCUGUUGCCAUAGAUUCUCAAGGCAAUGUGGCCAGUGCGACCUCUACUGGUGGGAUGCUAAACAAAAUGGUUGGUCGUGUCGGUGAUACGCCCUGCGUAGGGUGUGGUGCCUAUGCUGACAACCUGUUUGGCGCGGCCUCCCCCACUGGACAUGGGGAGGCGAUCAUGAAGGUGACAUUGUGCAGACUCAUCCUGUUUCACAUGGAGCAAGGAAUGUCACCGGAAAAGGCUGCGGACACAGCGCUCGAUUACAUGAAGACAAGAGUACGGGGCAUUGGAGGAGUUGUAGUAGUUAACAGCUCUGGUGACUGGGCUGCAAGAUUUACCAGUGACCAGAUGGCCUGGGCAGCAGUAAAGAAUGACCAGCUCCAUUAUGGACUUUACAAAGGAGAAUCAUUCACUUUGCCAGUUACCAACACUUAGUUGUCUCCUUGACAGUUGAGUGAUUUUCAAUAGGGGGAAAUCACUGGUGCUUUUAGAAAAUAGAACAUCCCAAUUUGAGCAUAUUUUUACAAACAUAAAUACUUUAAAGAGAUGCACAUGCAUUAUUAAUGUCUUAUUUUCAGAAGCUUGAAACAAAAAGGGCACUAUUUUAAUCAUGUAAUCAAUGGUGAUAUUUAGGUCAGCUAUAGGUUAGAUCAGGUGAAACUUUGCAAAGUUGCCAAAAUGUCUACUAUUUCUUCUGAAUCAUAAUUUAUAAUAUUUUCACUAUUUCCAAUGUCUAUAUUGUUAAAUGUGUCUCUGCAGAAGAGCUGACAUAGUGUUCUAGAACCUCCUGCAGUGUUUACAAGAAACAUGUUACUUUACCUAUGCUGUAUUCCAUGUUGUCCAUAUCACAGUAUAGUUUGGAUAUUUCUUUUUUUAGUGACAGGUCAUGGGUAAAUUACCUAGGGAGUUACUUUUUUUUUCUUCAACUUUUCCUCAGGAACGUUUGCCAGUAGAGAGAUUUUUUUCUUCUAAACAUUGCUUCCAGUUCAUGCUCUCUCCUGCAACAAUGCUGGUGCUGUGAUUGUAAUGAGAGCCACAUUGUUGCAGGAGGGAGCGUGAUUUGGAUAUACUGAGAUUCUUGGAAGAGUGAAGGAGAUGUUUUACCCAUUUGAUUUAUGGCCUAAGAUGUGUGAUUAAAAAUAAGUCGGCAAUGUUUUUUUUUUUGUUGUUGUUUUUUUAAAUAACACUGCUGUAUGGACAACACCGGACACAGCAAAUGCAUUUCUUGUAAACUUUGCAGGGUGUCCUAUAUCACUUUAAACUGAGUAGCUCCAAAUUCUUACAAUUUGCAUUUGUGUUUAAUACAAACAGAACUUCGAAAGUGCUGGUUCCGUUGGAAAAUGUUGCAGUUAUAUGUUUGGAGGAAAACUGCACUGUGUGUAAUGUUAAAGGAAACCCGAAUGAAUAAAAUAGUAUCAAAAAAGA